AUGGAGGACCAGAAAAGCCAGGAUCCAGUAGAAGAGCUCAUUAUCAACUACAAUGAGCUGAACAGUUCCGUCAUCGAGGAGCUCAGCGAGGAGCCGAGUCCGCUCGAAUUCAUGAGAUUUGUGGCCCGGAACACGCCGUUCGUCGUAAGAGGCGCAGCAGCCGACUGGCGAGCAACUCGCACAUGGAAUGUCAACUUCUUGAAGGAACUGCUCGACGAUGAGGCCGUCAACGUUGCGGUCACGCCUGCUGGCAACGCCGACGCCCCAACCCCUUUCACCUCCCCUGACGGUACUACCACGCUAGUCUUCGCCAAACCCCACGAAGAAGACCAGCCCUUCGGCGCCUUCCUAGACUACCUCAUCGCGCAGGAACAACACUCACGGCGCCUCCCCGCGUCGCAGGCCUCUUCUUCCCCAUCACGCCGCACUCCAGCCCGAGCCCCCACCCGCAGAAGCGCAGAAGAGUCGCAGCGGGAAGAGAUCCGCUACGCCCAGACCCAGAACGACAACCUCCGACACGAGUACCGCGCCCUGUUCGCGCACGUGCCGCCGUCCAUCCCCUUCGCCCGCAUCGCGCUGGCGCGCGAGCCCGAGGCGAUCAACCUGUGGAUCGGCAACUCGCACUCGGUGACGGCGCUGCACAAGGACAACUACGAGAACGUCUACGUGCAGAUCGCCGGGCAGAAGCACUUUGUCCUGCUGCCGCCCGUGUGCCAUGCUUGUGUGAACGAGACGGCGUUGAAGCCGGCUCAUUACCGGAGGAGUAGCGUGGGCAGAAGAUCCUCAGAGGGUGAGGACGAGCGGGACAGAAGGGAAGAUGAGCAGGCGGGAGGAGGAAGUUUAGGAGGGGCAGGGCUAGAGUUAGUGGUGGAGGAGGGGGAGGAAGAGGUCCCCUUUGCGGUGUGGGAUCCGGAUACGCCCGAGGAGAACUCGACGCCGUAUUCUGCGCUCGCGCAACCGAUGAGGGUUACGUUGAACCCGGGGGACAUGCUGUAUCUGCCUUGCAUGUGGUAUCACAAAGUUGCGCAGAGUUGCUCGCCUGAGGGGGUGUGCAUCGCCGUCAACUACUGGUAUGACAUGGACUUCACCGGACCUCUAUAUCCCUUGAGCACAUUUGUCAGAUCGGUAUCUAAUAGGAGAGACAUGGCGCUCUAA